CUGGGUCCAAGCAAACAUGAGGCAGCUGCCAGCCCGACCAGGCAGUCUGGCUUGUUCGGGCUGCAAAGCGGGAAGGCUAGUGACAGUCCCCGUCAGCUGCGGAGAUGCAGAGGACCAAGCAGGAAGCAAUGAAGGCAUCAGACGGCAGCCUCCUAGGAGACCCUGGGCGCGGACCGCUGAACAGAAAGGAAGGCCUCAAGUGGCAGAGGCCAAGGUUCACCCGCCAGGCCCUGAUGCGCUGCUGCUUGAUCAAGUGGAUCCUGUCCAGUGCUGCCCCGCAAGGCUCAGACAGCAGUGACAGUGAACUGGAGUUGUCCACGGUGCGCCACCAGCCAGAGGGCUUGGACCAGCUGCAGGCCCUAACCAAGUUCACCAAGAAGGAGCUGCAGUCCCUUUACCGAGGCUUCAAGAAUGAGUGUCCCACGGGCCUGGUGGAUGAAGAGACCUUCAAACUCAUUUACUCACAGUUCUUCCCUCAAGGAGAUGCCACCACCUACGCACACUUCCUCUUCAAUGCCUUCGAUGCUGACGGGAACGGGGCCAUCCACUUUGAGGACUUUGUGGUUGGGCUCUCCAUCCUGCUCCGAGGGACGGUCCACGAGAAGCUCAAGUGGGCCUUCAAUCUCUAUGACAUUAACAAGGAUGGUUACAUCACCAAAGAGGAGAUGCUGGCCAUCAUGAAAUCCAUCUACGACAUGAUGGGCCGCCACACCUACCCCAUCCUGCGGGAGGAUGCACCCCUGGAGCAUGUGGAGAGGUUCUUCCAGAAAAUGGACAGGAACCAGGAUGGAGUGGUGACCAUUGACGAGUUUCUGGAGACCUGUCAGAAGGAUGAGAACAUCAUGAACUCCAUGCAGCUGUUUGAGAAUGUCAUCUAGGACACAUGGGAGGGGACCCUGAGUGGUCAUUGCUUCUCAGCCUGGAGAAGCCUCAAUCCUGCCUCAUACAAGCAGCCUCUAUGAGAAACAGUUUUCUAAUAUAUUUGCAAAAACUGAGCAGUUUACUCCCAAGACAGACACAGACACAGUCUUUCUCUCUCUGUCUCUGUCUCUGUCUCUGUCUCUGU